AUCGACGUCUACGACUCCGGUUGCUCACGCCACAUGACGAACGACCUCUCGCGCUUCAAGUCACCACCCACCGCAUGUGAGCCUCGCACCUUCAAGGCCGCGAAUGGGAAGCAGUUCCAGGCGACGCGCAAGGGGCCCGUCGACAUCCCCCUCGGUCACGGCGAGUCC